AUGGCGGACAGUGAAAGGAGGACAUACCCGUACAUAGUGGUGGGGUGUGGGGGAGUGGGGAGUGCUGCCCUCUACUGGCUGGCCAAAAGGGCAGGGAAAGCUGUCCUGGGGUUAGAGCAGUUCACACUGGGGCAUGAUAACGGUGGAUCACAAGACCAUUCCAGGAUUAUACGACUGGCCUAUCAUGAUGACAUGUACACCAAACUGACCCCGGAAACGUACAAAGCCUGGGAGGAGGUGGAGAGGGAGUCCGGGGUACAGCUGGUCUACAAGACAGGGGGAGUUAACUGGGCCAGGAAGGACGAAAUGGGGUACAUCAUCGACAAGUACGCCGACGCCAUGAGCGCUAACAAUAUUAGAUACCAAAGGCUGACUGGCAGAGAACUUCAAGCCAAAUUCCCCCAGUUUCAGACUUCCGAUGAAUAUACAGCCAUAUAUGAGCCAAUGGCUGGGCUUGUUGACGCUGCUAUGGGAAACGCCGUGCAUAUCCAGCUAGCACGUGCACGCGGUGCUACAGUCCUCGAAAACUGCCCCGUCCAAAGACUUGAAAGAUUGACAAAUGGUGGGAUAAAAGUUUAUACUCCGAGGGGCGUGUUUCAGUGCCAGAAAUUGGUAGUGUCGGCCGGGGCCUGGAUAAACCAUGUGUUGGGCUCCAUCGGACUCCAUAUUCCUGUAUACGUCACUCAGGAACAGGUCACUUACUUCGCCACGCCACACGUCAAAGAAUUCACCAAAGAAAAGUACCCGAUCUGGAUUUACCAUUCACCUAAGUAUGACUUUUACGGACUUCCGAUGCAUGGGAACUCCGGAAGUAAGAUUGGCAUUGAUGCAGGCGGUCCUGUGGUCACAGCAGAUACCCGGAACUUCAAUCCAGAUCCGGUCCGUGAACAGGCCUGCAUCGAUCAUCUAAAGAAAACAAUUCCAAGGUCUCUAGGCCCUCUGAUGUACACUAAGACCUGUCUGUACACAAUGCCGCCUGACCGCCAUUUUGUCGUGGAUAGCUGUGGGAAGAGAGUUGAAGGUUACGACAAUGUAAUUCUCUGUUGUGGAGCGGGACAUUGCUACAAGUUUGCCGGUCUUCUUGGAAAGAUUCUCAGUGAAAUGGCGAUUGACGGGAAAACUCAGUACGACAUUUCUAAAUUUAACAUCGACAGACCGGCCUUGACAGACCCUAACUGGAAACCCCAGCUAUUUAUGGGGACAGGCGGAAAAGUUCCGACCAAGGAGUCAAUAAACUCAAAACUCUGAAAAAUGUGUGGAAAUGAUACAGGCCGGCCUAUAGGGAUACUCAGUAUCAGCCGAUAAUGGCAUUAUCAUCUGCACUUAUAUAUCCUAUGCAAUAAAAAUGAUGGUAUAAAAUUAA